GCAGGCAGAAGUCCUGAAGGCUGACAUGACAGGAGAGAACACGCACGUGUGAGCCAGCAGGAAAGGGGCAGUGAGAGAAGAAGAGAGAGAAUCUUAAGCAGGCUCUGUGCUGACAGCUCCCCCAGUGUGGGGCUUGAACCCAUGAACCAUGAGAUCAUGACCUGAGCUGAAAUCAAGACACUUGACCAACUGAGCCAUCCAGGCGCCCCCGAACUUUGAAUUCUUACUUAGAUGGUUAAGAAUUUUAUAUAAUCUGUGCUACAUUGUAUUGAAUAUUACCUAAUUUAAUGCAUAUAACCAUUUAAUUUUUAUGAACUAUUUGUCAUCAAUUUAAGACAUAGAAGAAAGAAUUCAUAUACCAUAUAAAUAAAAAUACCUUAUGGUAUUAAGUUCAUGUCUUCCUGUUGAUAAUUCUCCAAACUUGAAUAGUAAGUAAACCUUGAGAAAAAAUAUUUGUAGGAAAACUGUACUAAAAGUCCUUGAAAUUGAGUGAACUGCCUUGCCACCUUUCUUUUCUCCCUUUUUUUGUUUUGAAUAGCCAGGGUAUUUUUUUUUUUUUAAUUUUUUUUUUAACGUUUAUUUAUUUUUGAGACAGAGAGAGACAGAGCAUGAACGGGGGAGGGUCAUAGAGAGAGGGAGACACAGAAUCGGAAACAGGCUCCAGGCUCUGAGCCAUCAGCCCAGAGCCUGACGCGGGGCUCGAAUUCACGGACUGCGAGAUCGUGACCUGAGCCGAAGUCGGACGCUUAACCGACUGAGCCACCCAGGCACCCCUAGCCAGGGUAUUUUUAAAAGAAGAACUGAAAGUCCCUAGAAGGAGCAGAUGAUUUUAACUCCAAAAUUAGGAAAUAUAUGGCACUAUGUAGUGAUCAGUAUGCUCUCUAUAGCAGCAUAUGCUGUUCUAAAGUAUAAAAAGAGAUAAUGUGAUAAUGAAUCUCAUUCUAAUUUUUGAGGACUUUAGUUCUGCAGUGAAAUCCACAAAGAGUUAAACUGCUAACAACCAGCAUUCUGGCCAGAAUUUACAAUCAAGAGGAAAUUAAGACUCUUUAGAUGUCUUUUUCUCAACAUUGCAGGCCAGUGUUAAUGUUGAUGCUAAUGUUUUAAGAAUGUGGUAAUAUCAUUGUCAUCUUAAGAAGAUAAAAAGAAAAAUUCUAAAAACACUUUUUACGGGUAUACUUAGUAUAGCACCUCAGUUCUUGCCCAUUAUUAACAUAACUGUCGUCAUCUUCCUUACUACGGAUAUUGGUGUCAGCUCUGAGGCACUAUAUUAUGCUUUUGUCAUGGUAGACAUAAUCUCCAUUAUGUGACCAAAAUUGUGCAUGGAGUGAUGUUAGGCUGACUAUACCUUUUACUUUUUCUUAAGUAUUGAAUACCCUCAGGAAGUAGGCUUAGGGUUUGGCUUUUAUAGGGGACAUUUGGCUGCCUAGAAACAUUAAGAUAUGAAGUAAUUUAAAUGGUAGUCUGUCUGAUAAAACAGAGUUAGUGAUCCCUUAUAAUCCUUUCCUUGCCAUCGAUGAAUUGAAACAAGACUGAAUAAAUCUAUAAAUCUAUUUAGCCCUAAAACCUAAUAAGGGACCAAGAAGCUGAUACUGCAUCUUGUUUUGUUUUGUUUUGUUUUGUUUUGUUUUGUUUUGUUUUUAGUCACAAACUCUUGUGAGGAUUAACUCAGGAGAUUUUAUUUGCAGACCUAGAGAAGAGUGAAGAUUAUGCCAUUGUGUCCCAGUAAAAUAUCAAAUGUAAUCAGAAGCCUAAUUGAAAAGUCUUUUAUUAAGUUCUUCUAUUGGGGCAGAUCACUGUCAGUUAUUGCACUCAUAAGCCUAGUAAUCGGAAAGGCUAAUGUGUCUUUCAGGACUCUGGCAGACAGUACGGCCCCAACUGAGUAUUACAUUUUGUCAUAGCCUGACUUCCUGAUUUCAUCUUUCACCCAAUCUCUCAUUUGGCCUCUUGAGCAGCUUAAUCAUCAUGUGCCGCAAAUUCUUAUUUAUGUUAAAUGGCAAGUAUGGAUUGCUCACAAAAGUUUCUUGGCAAGCAAUUUAUCAAUCAUUAAAAUAACCCUUACUGUUAUGGCUUUAUCGGGUUGACAUUAUAUAGAGUAGGAAUAACAGCAGAAUGCGCAAACAGCUGCUGGAUUGUGAACAGACGUGAAGAUUCUGUAAGGACAGUUGAAAAUGAUUCGGAAUAAAAAGAAAAAAGCUGCUCUGGACAGAGAUACACUUAUGAGAGUAAACAGACCAUCUUGGCAGUUCAUCAUUUCAAAUGGGGGGACUUUUGUGGCAUAUGGCUUCCUGUGAUAUGAAUACAUAGAAAUCCAAACUAAAGCAAAGGGUGCACCAUUCGGGUUUUUUUUUUUUUGUUUUUUAGCCUUUUUCAUGGUGUUAUUUCAAAGCUAAAAGACAAAUACACAAGCAUUUUGAACCAGAUUUAGUCAUUAGCCUGAAGGUGAAAGUCGUUUUAAAAUGUAGUAGUAUAAAACUUCUGCAGCAGUCUAUGGUAUGAAGCAGGUUUUUGCUUUGGGGAGUGGAGAGGGAAGGAGUCAUUGGUGUAGUAUAAUGGUUUUAACUCUGUUUUUCUAUAUAUCUGCUGUUUUUUUGUUUGUUUGUUUGUUUGUUUGUUUUGUUACUCAGAUUCUAAGCUGGGUCCAGCUGAGGUCUGGACAUCCAGGCAGGCUCUGCAGGACCUGUACCAGAAAAUGCUAGUUACUGAUUUGGAGUACGCUUUAGACAAGAAAGUAGAACAGGAUCUCUGGAAUCAUGCCUUUAAGAAUCAGAUCACAACACUACAAGGCCAGGCAAAGAAUCGAGCAAACCCGAAUCGGAGUGAAGUUCAGGCAAACCUAUCUCUGUUCCUAGAGGCAGCUAGUGGCUUCUAUACUCAGUUAUUACAAGAACUGUGUACAGUGUUUAAUGUAGAUUUACCAUGCCGUGUGAAGUCUUCCCAAUUGGGAAUUAUCAGCAAUAAACAGACGCAUACCAGCGCCAUAGUGAAGCCACAGUCUAGCUCCUGUUCCUAUAUCUGCCAGCACUGCCUCGUCCACCUUGGAGACAUUGCUCGAUACAGAAACCAGACCAGCCAGGCAGAGUCCUACUAUAGGCAUGCAGCUCAGCUUGUCCCCUCUAAUGGUCAGCCUUACAAUCAGUUGGCUAUCUUAGCUUCUUCCAAAGGAGACCAUCUGACCACAAUUUUCUACUACUGCAGAAGCAUCGCUGUGAAGUUCCCGUUCCCAGCUGCCUCCACUAAUCUACAAAAAGCACUUUCUAAAGCACUGGAAAGCCGGGAUGAGGUGAAAACCAAAUGGAGUGUUUCUGACUUCAUCAAGGCCUUUAUUAAAUUCCACGGUCAUGUGUACCUGAGUAAGAGCUUGGAAAAGUUGAGCCCACUUCGAGAGAAAUUGGAAGAACAGUUUAAGAGGCUGCUGUUCCAAAAAGCUUUCAACUCUCAGCAGUUAGUUCACGUCACUGUCAUCAACCUGUUUCAACUUCAUCACCUUCGUGACUUUAGCAAUGAAACAGAGCAGCAUAGUUAUAGCCAAGAUGAGCAGCUGUGUUGGACACAGUUGCUGGCCCUCUUUAUGUCUUUUCUUGGCAUCCUGUGCAAGUGUCCUCUCCAGAACAAGUCUCAGGAGGAGUCCUACAAUGCCUAUCCCCUUCCUGCAGUCAAGGUCUCCAUGGACUGGCUGAGACUCAGACCCAGGGUCUUUCAGGAGGCAGUGGUAGAUGAAAGACAGUACAUUUGGCCCUGGCUAAUUUCUCUUCUAAAUAGUUUCCAUCCCCAUGAAGAGGAUCUUUCAAGUACUAAUGCUACACCACUUCCAGAGGAGUUUGAGUUACAAGGAUUCUUGGCUUUGAGACCUUCUUUCAGGAACUUGGAUUUCUCCAAAGGCCACCAGGGUAUUACAGGAGACAAAGAAGGUCAGCAACGACAAAUACGACAGCAGCGCUUGAUCUCUAUAGGCAAAUGGAUUGCUGAUAAUCAGCCAAGGCUGAUUCAGUGUGAAAAUGAGGUAGGGAAAUUGUUGUUUAUCACAGAAAUUCCUGAGUUAAUACUGGAAGACCCCAGUGAAGCCAAAGAGAACCUCAUUCUGCAAGAAACAUCCAUGAUAGAGUCACUGGCUGCGGAUGGGAACCCAGGACUGAAAUCAGUGCUGUCCACGGGCCGUAAUCUAAGCAACAACUGUGACACAGGAGAGAAACCAAUGGUCACCUUCAAAGAGAACAUUAAGCCGCGCGAAGUGAACAGAGACCAAGGAAGAAGUUUUCCUCCCAAAGAGGUGAGAAGGGACUAUAGCAAAGGAAUAACUGUAACUAAGAAUGAUGGAAAGAAGGACAACAACAAGAGGAAAACAGAAACCAAGAAAUGCACCUUAGAAAAGUUACAGGAAACAGGAAAGCAGAAUGUGGCAGUGCAGGUGAAAUCCCAGACAGAACUAAGAAAGACUCCAGUGUCUGAAGCCAGGAAAACACCUGUAACUCAAACCCCAAGUCAAGCAAGUAACUCCCAGUUCAUCCCCAUUCAUCACCCUGGAGCCUUCCCUCCUCUUCCUAGCCGGCCAGGGUUCCCGCCCCCAACAUAUGUUAUUCCCCCUCCUGUGGCAUUUUCUAUGGGCUCAGGUUACACCUUCCCAGCUGGUGUUUCUGUCCCAGGAACCUUUCUUCAGCCUACAGCUCACUCUCCAGCAGGAAACCAGGUGCAAGCUGGGAAACAGUCCCACAUUCCUUACAGCCAGCAACGGCCCUCUGGACCAGGGCCAAUGAACCAGGGACCUCAACAGCCACAGCCACCUUCCCAGCAACCCCUUACAUCUUUACCAGCUCAGCCGACAGCACAGUCCACAAGCCAGUUGCAGGUUCAAGCUCUAGCUCAGCAGCAAUCCCCCACAAAAGCCGUGCCGGCUUUGGGGAAAAGCCCUCCUCACCACUCUGGGUUCCAGCAGUAUCAACAGGCAGAUGCCUCCAAACAGCUGUGGAAUCCCCCUCAGGUUCAAGGCCCAUUAGGGAAAAUCAUGCCUGUGAAACAGCCCUACUACCUUCAGCCCCAAGACCCCAUAAAACUGUUUGAGCCUUCAUUGCAACCUCCUGUAAUGCAGCAGCAGCCUCUAGAGAAAAAAAUGAAGCCUUUUCCCAUGGAGCCAUAUAACCAUAAUCCCUCAGAAGUCAAGGUCCCAGAGUUCUACUGGGAUUCUUCCUACAGCAUGGCUGAUAACAGAGCUGUCAUGGCCCAGCAAGCAAGUGUGGACCGCAGAGGCAAACGGUCACCAGGAGUCUUCCGUCCAGAGCAGGAUCCUGUGCCCAGGAUGCCAUUUGAGGACCCCAAGGGCUCCCCUCUGCUUCCUCCGGACCUGUUAAAGAGUCUGGCUGCCUUGGAGGAAGAGGAAGAGCUGAUUUUUUCUAACCCUCCUGAUCUUUACCCAGCUCUGCUGGGCCCUCUCGCCUCUCUUCCUGGACGGAGCCUCUUUAAAUCCUUGUUGGAGAAGCCCUCGGAGCUCAUGUCACACUCAUCCUCUUUCUUGUCCCUCACCGGAUUCUCUCUCAAUCAGGAAAGAUACCCAAAUAACAGUAUGUUCAAUGAGGUUUAUGGGAAAAACCUGACAACCGGCUCCAAAACAGAACUUAAUCCUUCGCUGGCCCCCCAGGAGACAUCACUGUACUCCCUCUUUGAAGGGACCCCAUGGUCUCCAUCACUUCCUGCCAGUUCAGAUCAUUCAACACCAGCCAGCCAGUCUCCCCAUUCCUCUAACCCAAGCAGCCUGCCGAGCUCCCCUCCAACACAUAACCAUAAUUCUGUUCCAUUCUCCAACUUUGGACCUAUCGGGACUCCAGAUAACAGGGAUAGGAGAACUGCAGAUCGGUGGAAAACUGAUAAGCCAGCCAUGGGUGGGUUCGGCAUUGAUUAUCUCUCAGCAACAUCAGCCUCUGAGAGCAGUUGGCAUCAGGCCAGCACUCCAAGUGGCACCUGGACAGGCCACGGCCCCUCCAUGGAGGAUUCCUCUGCUGUCCUCAUGGAAAGCCUAAAGUCUAUCUGGUCCAGUUCCAUGAUGCAUCCUGGACCUUCCGCUCUGGAGCAGCUGUUAAUGCAGCAGAAACAGAAACAGCAGCGGGGACAAGGCGCCAUGAACCCUCCACACUGAGGCCAGAGUGGCAACCCUGGGAACGAAGGCUCCAUAAACCAUGGCAUGUUGGGUUUGCAGGACUGGCCCGUACAGUCCCCUGCAGGUGGCAGCCCUCUCUUCUGUCUCUUGCUGUCGAGAGGGUGUAAGCGUUCCACCAGCGCGCUGAGUGUGCACGAAAUGUCCGCAGUGCAACAAAAAGAAAAAACCAUCAGGAACUCUCUGUCCCCCCAGGGCCUUCCGGAGGGAGAGAGGAACUGCUGUUUGUCUUCACUCAGUUACCUGAUGUCACCGCCUCUCACCUUCCCCGUCGUGCAUGCCCCCAGCC